AACAGGACGCUAACAUCACGUGAGAGCCAUCAAAAUGCCAGUCGCUGUCCCUGAGCUUGGUUCGUUCAACUUCGUCCCCGAGACCAAGGAAAAUCUCGAAUGGGCAGACCUCAUUACCUUGGAUUUCAACCUCCUCAGCUCUCCCGAGGGCAAGAAGGAACUUGCCCAGACUCUGGUCAAGGGUGUUCGUGAGGACGGCUUCUUCUAUGUCAAGAACUUCAACAUCUCUCAAGAGCGCGUCAACCGUCAAUUUGCCAUCGGAAAGCGUUUCUACGACGUCCCAGUUGAGGAGAAGCUCAAGCAUGUUCCCGAGGGCCUCGACGACGGUCAGUUCAAUGGCUAUGUUCCUGCGGGACGUCGCAUCUUGGACCCGGUUUCUGGACUGAGAGACCGCAUUGAGGUCUACAAUAUUCCCAAGUUUAACGGCGACUUCAAGCAUGAACACCCCGCGAUCAUCCAGGAGAAUAUUACCGAGAUAGAGGAGUUCUCCAGAUCUCUGCAUACCGAGGUCCUGGAUCCUCUUCAUGUCCUCCUCGCUAUUGCUCUCGAACUUCCCGAAGACUACUUCACCAACCUCCACCAGUAUCAAGUCAAGAGCGAGGAUCAUCUGCGGUAUAUGAAGUACAGCAAGUACACUCCGGAGGAGAAUGCCAAGAUUGGUAAACUCUGGGUACAAGGCCACACUGAUCUCGGAUCGUGGACGCUUCUGUUCCGCCAGCCGGUUGCUGCUCUGCAGAUCCAGAACCACAGGACCGGCGAAUGGAAGUACGUCAAACCGCAGGACGCCACGUUAACGGUGAACGCUUGUGACGCGCUUUCGUUCCUCACUGGCGGAUAUGUCCGUAGCACCAUUCAUCGUGUUACCUCGCCUCCGAAGGACCAGGAGCACGUUGACCGGCUCGGGUUGUUGUACUUCUCGAGGCCGAACAACCAUGUCACACUAUCUACGAUCCAGGACUCGCCCGUCCUGCAACGCGAAGGAUAUACGGAGAACUCGUUCGAGAAAGGUGGAAAUCCUGUGCCAACUAUGGAAGAGUGGACAUUCGCAAAGCAAAAGUGGCAACGCACGAAGGGCGCCGUUCGCGGCGAUCCCAAAUACGAGAACGCACAGAUCCUUCCUGGCCACAGCGAGAAGCAUUACGCAUGAGAGUGGAAGGAAAGACGCCAAAUGUACCAUAGCGGCUGCAUAUAUCAUAGCGACGUCGCGAUUGACGCCGUACAGUAAGGAUGCAGUGG